UUUGUUGUAUGAAACAAAAAAAAAAGUGAGACUGUGAAAAAAUAUAAAUAAAACAUAAAUAAAAAUAGAAGAAAAGGAAGGAAAAAAACGCAAAAAGAAUCCUAUUUUUAGAUUCUCGCAUUUUUAUACGCGCAUACAUAAAUUUUUACACAAAUAAAUUGUGCAUACUAAUUUUUCUGGGGCAUUGAUUUUCGUUCUAAAUUCGAAAAAAACCUAGAUAAAUGAGAAAAUAACUCGUGAAGAACAUUAAAAAAAAGUGUACGUUCAAAAAUUACAAAAAUUGAGGCGUGUUUCACAUAAAAAAUUAGAAAAAAAAAUUAGCAGCAAAGAAAAAAGUAGAAGACGGUUGCCCAAAUCACGGUAAAGCUGGAGUACAACAUGGAUUACUAUGACAUCAGUGCAGAUCUGUGGGAUUCUGAUCUCGAUCCGACAAUGCAAGACCAUUUAAAGUUGUCCUCAGAUCCAGACAUGCCUGAUUGGUUUUCGGAUCGUGAUUCGAAAAUUCCCCAAGUCAUAUUGAAUGAUAAAUUAAUGACAGACGCCAUCAUUGGACCAUUACCAAUUAAGACGGAGCACUCGUACAGUCUCAAUUCCGAUGGGGAUUCGAUGCCGGACUCGCCCAACAGUCUGCACAACAAAAUGGACGACAUGGACGAAUGUUAUCCCGCGAUACCCAUGCAAAGUGCUCACAAGAACAGCAUACACCACAGUAAUCAGCAUGUCAACCAUGCGAAUGCUAACAACAACAAUUGCAGCAGCAACAACAACAACAAUAACUACAUUAAUCUGAUUCAGUCGCUGCAAAAUAAUCCGAGUCUAAACAACAACAACAACAAUUUGAGUAAUAACAACUUGUUGAAUGCGAAUGGUUUGUCGUCGUUACACAGCUACAACAAGUACAGCCAUUCGAAGAAGGGCAGUGAUGCAUCGUCGACAACGAGUGGUUCGGAUUUUGAGAUGGAUUCGGACGAGGCGACGAUUAAAGAAGAGCCAUUAUCGCCGGGAUCGAGUUGUCCUCCGUCGCCGACGCAAUGCGGUGCUGGAUAUACGGUGUCGUCAGUUAAUUUAGCGAACAUUGCGGCAUAUAAUAACACAGAUUUGGUAUAUGAUCACAAGAAUGGAACUGUUCAAAUGUCAAACGGAUCGCAGAGCUUGUUGAAGAACUCGAAUGUCAUGUUGGGCAAUGGUUCGCACAGAAUGGUCAUACCGAAGGUGAAAAUGGAGUCAAAUGGAGCAGGCUUUGGAUUACCGCCAACACCUCCAUCCUCAGUCCCAAGUGAUGAAAGCGAAGGUAACCAAAGUCCCGAACACGCUCCAUUGUCACCACAGGCACCAGCAACGAGCAGUCGACGAACAUCCGUGAACAAUUCCUCGUCACGCGGUUAUACGAAUGGCUCAAGUUCGAGACAGCCCAUUCACACACCGUUAAUUAGUACCCAACCGAAAGGAUCAACGGGAACACUAAUGUUGACGGAAGAAGAAAAGCGCACGUUACUUGCGGAGGGAUAUCCGAUCCCAACGAGGCUACCAUUGACGAAAGCCGAAGAAAAGUCUCUCAAGAAAAUCAGGAGGAAAAUCAAGAAUAAGAUCUCCGCACAAGAGAGUCGACGAAAGAAGAAAGAAUACAUGGAUCAACUUGAGCGUAAAGUUGAGCUCCUUGAACACGCAAACAGCGACUACAAAAAGCGAUGUGAUGAACUCGAGGGCAGCAAUAACAGUCUAAUGAUGCAACUCAAGAGACUGCAAAAGCUCGUCGAGCAACAAAACCGAAAGUAA